CGUCAUAUCCGUUCAGCACGAAAACGUAACGUAAUUCGCUAACACGUUUUCUCCUAGAACAGCAUAUUUCUUUAGGCUUGGCGCCUUCGUCAAAUGCAGUGAGCGUCGGUGUACGUAAAAUGGCGGACGGUGACAUUGAUUUGUACGCCGACGAUCUCGAGCAAGAUUUCGCGCAGGAUGAGUUUGCUGGUGAUGGCGUUGAUUUGUAUGAUGAUGUGAUAGCAGCUCCUGCUGGUGGUAAUGGUGGCGUUUCUACAGGAAAUAGUGGAGAUGGUGCUGGUGAUACUACUUCACCAAAUGAAGAAACAAAUGGUAGCGCACCUUACCAUCAACUUGGAAAUAAUAUACAGCCAAACCAAAUUGGAAGACGUCACCAACUAUAUGUUGGAAAUUUGACUUGGUGGACAAGUGACCAAGAUAUAACUGAUGCUGUUCAAAGCAUUGGUGUAUCAGAUUUUGUUGAAGUAAAAUUCUUUGAAAAUCGAGCCAAUGGACAAUCUAAGGGAUUCUGUGUGAUAUCUUUGGGAUCAGAACAAAGUAUGAGGAUAUGUAUGGAAAGAUUACCUAAAAAGGAAUUGCAUGGACAGAAUCCAGUAGUAACAUUUCCAACUAAACAAGCUUUAAAUCAAUUUGAGUCUCAGUGUAAGACACGACCAGCUCCGGCUCCUCAACAGAGUCAGAGUCAGCGUCCCCAUAAUCCACAUCAGCAUCAGUCACCAAUGCCACCCCAUCAACAGCAUCCACAACAUCCCCAACACCCUCAACAUUCGCAACAAAAUCAUGGUCCUAGGAUGAUGAUGGGUCCUCCGCAGGGUGUACGACCACAGAGAAUGCCACCUCCAGGGAUGGGUCCACCAGGUCCAGGUGGACCUGGCCAGCAAGGUCCACCGCGUAUGCACGGUCCGCCGAUGGGUCCUGGACCGGGGCCGCACCAUCCUUUACCUGGGCAUCCUAACCAAGGUCCACCACCUCCUGGUUAUCAGCAGGGUCCAUGGAAUGGGCCAAGACCUAAUGGUCCACCUGGACCACCAAGAGGUCCAAGUGGACCUGGCGGUCCACCUCAACAAGGACCACCAGGACCAGGUCCUGGUCAACAUCGGCCUCCAGGAAUGAGUUGUACUAGAGACCUUUCAGAAGCCAGUUACCAUAUACCACAGCAAUUUCAUGGUGGUCCGCCUGGUCCACCUGGUCAAGGACCUCCACGUGGUCCACCUGGACAUCCUGGUGGACCUCCAGGUGAUCCAAGAGGUGCUCAACCACGUCCCGAAUGGAAUAGACCACCAGGAAUGCAUCACGGGCCUCAGGGACCACCAGGUUUCCCUCAACAUCAACAUAUGCAAGGCCCGCAACCUGGUCAAGGCCCACCACAGAGAGGACCUCCUCCAGGUUCUAUGGGUGGAAUGUUACCAGGUCCAGGAGGUCCGCCACCUGGCCAUGGUGGCCCACCUCAAGGACCACCACAAGGACCCCCAGGAGGACCUGCACCACAUGUGAAUCCAGCAUUUUUCCCACAAGGACCACCUCAUCAACAUCCAGGACAACAUCCGCCAGGUCCUCCUGGUCCACCCCAUGGACCACCUCAUGGUCCACCACAUGGUCCACCUCAUGGUCCACCUCAUGGUCCUCCACAUGGUCAACCACAUGGACCACCCCAUGUGCCACCUCAUGGUUAUGGACCACCUGCAGCACAGCCACCUUAUGGUGCACCUGGACCUGAUCAUCGCCCAGAAGGUCCUCCUCCCCUUACAGAACAAGAAUUUGAAGAAAUCAUGGGUAGAAAUAGAACUGUUUCUUCUUCUGCUAUUGCUCGAGCAGUAUCUGAUGCUGCAGCAGGGGAAUACGCAAGCGCUAUAGAAACCUUGGUUACAGCCAUCUCUCUGAUAAAACAAUCCAAGGUUGCUGCAGAUGAUAGAUGUAAAAUUUUAAUCAGUUCUCUUCAAGACACCUUGCGUGGCGUCGAAACAAAGAGUUAUGGAUCUGCACGUAGGGAACGAUCACGUUCACGAGACAGGGAACGCAGUCACAGAAGAAGACGUGAGCGAUCAAGGAGCCGCGACAGGGAAUACAGAGAAAGAAGCAGAGACAGAGAUAGAGAACGUGACAGGGAACGCGAUCGUGAAAGGGAAAGGGAUCGUGAUCGUGACAGAGAACGUUAUUACAGUGAACCAUAUCCACGGGAGAGAUCACGAAGCAGGGAGAGGGAUCGUGAACGCGAAAGAGAUCGCGAAUAUAGAGAGCGAAGCAGAGAAGAAAGAGAGAAUGAAAAGGGAAGAAGACCGCAAAGGGCUGAGCAUUCGGUACCUUUUAACAAGUACCAGGAAACGGAUGAUGGACUCUCACAGAGCACAAUACCAGAUAGUUAAAUUCUCAGCAACAAAAAAGAAGGAAAAUCCCAAUAAAUUUUUAUGUUGUAAUACACGAGACCAGUUUGCAUGAUCACAUACAUAUACACAUACGUGUCUCGUGAAUGAUUAUGUUUCGAUGUGCCAUUUUGAAGUAACCAUAUAAUAGUUAACUCGACCAUGCAGCUAGAAAUAAGAGACACUGCUGGAUGGAGUACGACCAACUCAUAGUCCAAUUGUUUGAGUUUAUUCAUGCUUUGAUCCUUUGUGAUUCAAUGUUUCUAAUUUAAGUUAAUUUAUUUUAUAUCAGUUUUCAUUACUGUUACAUUUAUGAAUUAUAAUUUGUCAAACACAUUUUCUAUGAAAUUAAAAUAGAAUUGUUUUUAUCAUUAAUUUAAUUUUUGUAAAAGUGAUUUACAUAACAUAUUUCAUUAUUUGAUACUGGAAAUACAAUUUAUUUCCGUAGGAUAAUUUGGUAAAAUGAAACAAGUAUAUUGCUCAACAUAAUUGAAGAAUAAAUAGUAAUUACUAUUAAAGUAAAGAAUUGCAAAGGAUUAAUGUAAAAUGAUUUUUUCACUCCUACUUAUCUUUAUAACUAAAAAUUCAAUAUUUUUGCAACAAUCAGUCUAAAAAUCCGAAUACAAUGACUACAUUAUUUACAAACAGUAUAGACAAUUCGACUAUAAGUAUAGUUCUUAGAAAGUAAAAUGUAUAAAUUGUAGUUUUUGUGAGAAUCAUCGAGCUGUACACACACUGCAACAAAAGUCUGCAUCUUUUGGAUUUGUUAGCACUGUGUGCGGCUUUCUUUAUGUAUAGAUUUUUUUACUGCGAUUCACCAACCAGAAAGAUAUUUUACUAUAGCUCAGUCAUUUCGUCUUCGAUUCCUAUGUUAUGUUUAAACGGUGAUUUUUCGAAAGAAUAAUUGAGGACACAUUACUUUAACUUAUCAGGAUUAAACAAAAAUUUUUAUCUUCAGUUCAGCGCAGGUUCCAAUGAUUUCAUUGAGGCAUCUAAAUAUAAUCGGAGUAAUUAUAAUAUUAUUUUUCCUGUCAUUUAAAGUUGAAAAAGGAAAAAGUCUGCAUUGCAUUCUUACAUUACAAAUAUGCGACAAGUAUUUUUUUGUGUACUAAUAAUAAGAAUUGUACAUUUAAAGCGCAAUUUUAAGAUAACAAAAUAUUAGUGUUUUUAAGGUAUUUGUCAUUUCAUAAUUUUGUCUUAUUUUCUUUUUAAUGUGAAAGAGAUAUUGUUUCAAAGAAAGUUAACGAUUGUUUAUAGAAAAUUAAAAUAUACUGACGAUUAGUUAAUCUUAUUUUUAAUUUUUUUCUUUUUUUUAAUUUUAUCGUCUAACUUAUGGUAAUUAAUGUUGAAACUAUUUCAUAGUCUUAGUGAUAGUUGCGUUUUAAAUGAAUAGUUCUGUAUUUGUUUCUUAUCAAGAGUACAAAGAGCUGUGAGAUAUUUUUAUCUGUAGGUUUAUUUUUUAAUGAUUUAUAUUUAACGACAUUCUAUUUAUAGAGAUCAUAUUUUGUUAAUAGAGGUCUCGGUCAAGUAACGCUGUGAAUUAUAGGACUUAUAAACAAUCAUACGAUAACACGUGAAAAAGGAUAGUUUCAAUUUUUUGAAACGCAAAGCGCUUUGUACUGAAUAGUAUUAUUACACAGAACUAUUACAGUUCUACGUGACGAUAUCAAAUAAUGCGAUUAUUAUCAAGAAAAUUUUAUAAAAGCUAAAAGAAUCACAUUUCUGUGAAUCUACACAAAUGAUUGUUAAUAUUUAGUGGUUUUAACGAAAUCGACGAAAAUCUUUUGUAAUGUUGUGAGAGCACUAUAAAUCUAAUGACAACUUUUGUAAGUAAGUAUUAUAAUGGCAUAUUUAGAAUCAUGCAAUGAAAUGCAUAGAAUUCUCAAUAUUUUACAAUUCAUGAUAUUAGUACAGUUUUUUUAAAAUCAUUCAGAAUUAUAAAUUUGAAACAUGAAAAAGAUUAAUGUUGAUUUAAUAGACAAACAUAUAAUUGUGAAUUUAUGAUCAAUUGUCAAGAGAAACUAAAAAACUCUCAAAGAGAUAAAUUGAUGUUAAAAGAAAAAUAUAUGUAUAUAUAUAAUACAUAUUUAAACUAUAUCAAAAGUUACAACUCUUCAAUACAAUGGAAUCUUAAAGAAAUCAAUAAAUCAAUAAUAGAUCUUUCUAUAAUAUCAAUGAAAUUUUUGUUAUAUUAUCAAGAUUUAUAAAUGUUUUAAAAUACUUAGAAAAAUACAAACAACACAGGCAUUAGAUAUAUAUAUACUACGAAUUUUCUUCUGUGAUCUCGUAAAAACGUUUAAGAAACGUUAAAAUAUGCACAGAAUAUCGU